AUGCGGCAAGGAAAGCGCUUCGCCUCUCCCGUCAGCACGCUGCCUCCUCACCAGCGGCCGCCUGCCGGAAUGGGGCGAAGCCGGCAGCGACAGUUGCCGGAAACUACAGCAGUGGGAAGGGGGAGGGGAGGUUUGGCAUCGCCACUGGGUGCACCGCGGAGUUUUUCGGCACGAAGUCGUACGGCAUCAAACGAUACGCGGCAAUUGGGCAGCGCGAUGGGUGAACGACGUGCGAUGUCACGGGCCGCGUCGGCUGGCGCACGGCAGCGCAACACCGCUGCCGUUGGCACUGAUGCGAGGCACGUAAGUUUUCUCCAGGAGCAGGGGAAUCGGCUUCGCGGCACCUUCUUCUGCGCGGCGACCUCACCAGACAACACCAGCUAUUGCAGCAGCAACCCGGUGCGUCACCUCCUCUCUGAGUUGGUAGAGAUCAGUCAGACUCUGGCAUCUUACCUCGAAGACGCCACGGCUCAACCACCACCGCAGCAGCAGCAGCAGCAGGUCACCUCUCCAAACGGUAACCCCACUCGUAAAGAGCAGGUCACGUUGAAGGCGCAGGAAAUUGAACGCAUUGUGAAGCGUGUGGAAGCUCAUUUUGUAGAGAAAAUCGCGUCUAUGGAGUUCAAAGCUAAGGAGCAGGCCAAAACCAUUGCGGAGCUUACGAGGGAGAUUUGCUGUCUAAGGCAGCAAGAGGAGCAACCGCUCUCGCCUUCGGCGUCCUCCAGCAGAAUGGCAGGCCAAAAAAUAUCGUCUCUUUCAGAUCAACAGCAGCAGCAGAAGAAGAAGAGGGCGGGCAGUGGCCAUAUUAAUAACAAUGGUGUUGGUGACGAGGAACUCGAAAAUCUGCGACGUGCUCUGCAGGAGGAGAAGCGGCAGCGGCUUUUUGUAGAAGAGCAGACGCAGUCCCUCACGGAACAGCACGGCCGUGUCGUCUCUACACUGGAGCGACGGCUGCAGAAGCAGGAGGAGCAGCUGCGCGAACUGAUUUCUUCCCUCGACCAUCAGCACCAGUUGGCGUCGUCGUCGUCGUCGCCGCCGCACUCGCGAUCGCCGUCGUCGUCGCCGCAUCCCCCAGCAGUCACCACCUCACCAACGCCCCGGCGGUUGUUGCGGCAGCAGCUUGCGCAACAUGAGCAGACGCAGCUCACUCUUGAGGCGUACCGUCGCAGCCUGCGUGGCAGUGACGUGGCGAGGUCCGAGAACCUUCUCAUUGGCGGCCGCGCUGCGAGGGAUGGCGAUGCCGAUGUCAAAGAUGAUGAUAACGGNUUCUUCGCGGGGUUGGGUCAUGUGGGCCCGAAGCCUGUGCUGCGUGGCGCCGCCCAGAAAUCGCCACAGCCAUAUUUUGGAUCACCACCACCCCCACCACUUAAAGAACUUCAGCAGAAGCAGCAGCGAAGGCACAACGUAAAUAGCUCCAGUGUGGUGGACGCCACAGCUGCCAAAGCCGGUGCGGAGGUUGACGACAUCGCCGCCUUCCUUGACAACAUCACGCAGGAGCUGGAGAGCAUCGACGCCAUUGAAAGCCAGCGUGAGAGGGAUCUAUCGGCGGCAGUGGGGUAUCGGCGGUAG